AUGGCGGCCGUCUUAGCUGUCUGGAGGGUGAUUAUGGAUGUCACCACGUUCUGGAUCAAGGUGGGUUUCGACCUUCGUUUUUGCUCCUUUCACACCAUUCUCCUCCUCAUGGCUCUUCUACUGACGCCGGUGCAGAAGCUCGUGGGCUGGUAUACUAGCAAGCACCCUGUGGAUUUGUGGCUGGAACUUCUGCGCAAUGCAGAGAGCUUCGAGGACUGGGAAGAAGCAUCUCUCCACUUGGACAGCUUGCUGGGCUUAGACUUGUGGAGAAACAACCCGACGUCCAAACAUUACGACUGGCGACUCAUCACAGAACGCUUGCAUUCUUUGGCCGACGCUCGACAAGAGAGCCACUUUCAGCAGUCUGUGAACCUUCUUCGAUCUGGCCUCAUCCGUAACCUAGGGAACAUUACCGUCCCUACGCUCUACAACCGGUCGUUCUCGGGGACCAAGUAUCUCAUAGAGGAGUAUAUAUCACAAGUCGCAGAGAGCGUCGAGGAUAUCAGCACACUGCCCACGACAUUCAUCUCCAACUCACAAGGCGAGGGGAGAAUAUUGACGAACCAGAUGAAGCUCGACUUUAUUCACGAUACGCGCCAAGCAUUUGGUCGAAGCACUCUGGUCCUGCAGGGCGGUUCCAUCUUUGGAUUAUGCCAUCUUGGCGUUGCCAAAGCCCUCUUCCUGCGCGGUCUUCUUCCCCGCAUCAUUACGGGAACAGGCACCGGUGCCCUGAUAGCCGCCUUAGUUGCCAUACAUACAGAAGAAGAAUUGCCCAAUAUUUUGACAGGUGACGGGAUCGAUGUCUCGGCGUUUGCUUCGAGAGGCAGACCAGAGAAUGGAGCGACUCCCCGCGAACAGACGUUCAAAUCGAGAUGGGCGACUUUGAUGCGACGACUGCGGAGGUUUUCGCGUGAAGGGUACUUCUUAGAUGUUACAGUCUUGGAGGACUGUGUCCGGGCAAACGUGGGGGAUUUAACCUUCGAAGAGGCUUACAAUCGGAGUAAGAGGGUACUCAAUAUUACUGUCGCCACGGAGAGCCAGGGUGGCGUGCCGACGUUGAUGAAUUAUAUCACGGCUCCCAACGUUUUGAUUUGGACGGCCGCCGUAGCAUCAAAUGCCUCGUCUCCCUCGCUGUACGGCUCCCGCAAGGUCCAAAUCCUCGCCAAAGAUGUACACGGCACUGUCGUCCCCUGGGCCGCUGCCAACACCACCCACUUCCACCACUGGACACAUGCCUCAUACACGGAUCGCGACUCGCCUCUCCAACGCAUCGCCGAACUCUUCAAUGUGAACCACUUCAUUGUCAGCCAAGCCCGGCCAUACCUCAUCCCCUUCUUGCAAUCCGACAUGCACGGCCCGUCACUCCUCGAAUCCCGCAGCAGAACUACACAGCUCUCUGCGUUCCUUGUGCGCAUGGUUGGACUCGAAGUCCGUCACCGUCUACGACAACUCGAUACGCUGCGACUCCUACCGUCGAGCAUUCGGCGGUUUCUGGUGGACGAACGGAUACCAGCGGCCUCCAUGACGCUGGUCCCGGAAGUAACAGCUGGAGACUUUGUCAGACUCCUGGAGACUCCCACGAGGGAUACACUGAACUACUGGAUCUUGAGGGGCGAGAGGAGUGUGUGGCCUGCGGUGGCGGCGCUGAGGAUUCGAUGUGCCGUCGAGAAUGAGCUCGAUAGGUCGUAUCAGAUGGUGAGAAAGUUGAAGGCGGGGGACCUGAGGAGAAAAGGCAGCAUGGCUGGCGUGGAGGCCUGA